GUGUGUGUUUUUGCAGAACAUCUGCUAACGAGCCCCGUCAUCAUGGGCAACAACUCCUCGGUGACCCAGGAGUCCAUGGCGUGUUUCCACAACGACGAUGCAUUCAAGUACCGCGCGUACACCUUCACCUACCUGCUGCUGUUUCCUGUGGCCUUCCUGUGCAACGUCGGGGCGCUCGCCGUCUUCUUCCUGCAGAGAAACCGCAGACGCUCGGCAUCCUGCGUCGUCAUGGUGAACCUCGCCAUAUCAGACGGCAGCUUCUCCCUCACCCUGCCGCUGCGAUUGGCUUAUUACUUCAGGGGCGGAGUCUGGGACUUCCCUGAUUGGCUGUGCCGACUGUGUGUCUUCGGCUUCUACAUCAACCUGUACACAAGCAUCCUCUUCCUCACCCUACUGAGCGUGCUCCGUUGGCUCGCCGUGGCUCAGCCGCUCCGUCACCGCGCUCUGGCCACGCCCACUCGCACCCUAUUGGUCUGCGUCGGAGUCUGGCUGUUUGUGGGCGCGUCCUCCGCCCCCUUCCUGUCCAACGGGCCCGUCCUGAUCCUGAACUACGUGGCGUUGGCGCUCGGCUUCCUCCUCCCGUUCCUCACCAUCAUCGUCUGCUACAGCCGACUCGUCCGCCGCCUCACGGCCGACUCCGCCUUCCACGGUGGCGGCGCCGGUUGCGGCGGCAGCGGCGGCGCUCUUUCCAGCGCCGGCGCCGCUCGCCGCCGCAACCGGCGCCGCUCGGUGCACCUGGUCUCCAUGGUGACCGCGACCUUCCUGCUGUGCUUCCUGCCCUACCACGUGAUCCGGUCGCUGCACCUGCACGCCGUGUGCGACGGCUGGAGCUGCGCGGCCACCGUGGCGCUGCAGCGCGCCGUGGUGGUCACGCUGUGUCUCGCGGCGUCCAACAGCGUGGUCAACCCGCUGCUGUACUACUACUCCACCCGCACCUUCAGGGACAACAUGAGGGACGCUCGGUCCUCGCUGAUGUCCAGCCAACGGGGGAGCAAAGUCGCCAUGAAGAGACGGAACACCACCUGACACCCAGGUAGCUCGUUCCUGAUUGGUUCAGAUUCAGAUUUGUUUUAUUUAAACUGGGGGACAACAAGGUUGUGGAUCAGGAGGUGGACACACACACUAACACACACACACCUGGUCCACAACCUGCUCCACAACCUGGUCCACCUCCUGCUCCACAACCUGGUCCACCUCCUGGUCCACAACCUGGUCCAGCCAAUGGAGGAGCAAAGUCGCCAUGAAGAGACAGAACACCACCUGACACCCAAUUAGCUCCUGAUUGGUUCAGAUUCAGA